UAUUUUUGUGUUUGGUGUUAUUUGUUGUGUCGGAGCGUUUGAUGUGAUGUCGGGCCCGUGGCGCUGCGCUGGAUGUGAAGUCACUCCCUAGAUGUGUAGCUUUGGUUACAACACUGCUAGAGCUAUCACUGCAGGUGUUGCUGUGUGAACGAUGCACAAGCGAUGUCUGAUGUUGAGGCCACGUACGCAGACUUCAUUGCCUCCGGCAGGACGGGACGCAGGAACGCCAUGCACGACAUUCUGCAGAGUCCCACCGACCCAGAGGGACGAGAACUGCCCCUCACCCUGUCUCUGUCCCAGCUGCACAUCAACGCAGGAGGGGGAGAUGGAAACGACACUGAGGACAACCAGAGCUCCUCCUCCUCGGCCCACAGGGAGGUGGAGCAGAGGAACAGCUAACCUGCCACACGCUCCUGCCAGUGGACAGAGAGCUGCGAAAUGGAUUCCAGCAGCCAUUGUGAUGAAGCCGUUAGUCAAGAGCGGGCUGGUAGCCGGAGGGUAGCACCGCCACUGCUGAGGUGCCCAUAAACAGGGCACUGACCCCCCUAAAUCCACUGUAGAGGCGCUGUGCUGUGCUGCGAUGUGAUCACCCAGUGCUCUCAUGUCCCCGUGGCUCUGCUGUGCACUAGAAUAACAGACUGUUGGCGAGGGAGUCAAGUACACAGAGAGACAAAUGUGUAGCUCUUGUACAGCUGAUUUUACUUUCAGUCUUUGUUACUAAACACACAGGCUGGAUGGGUGGAAUGAAAAGAGAAAAAAAGUGAGUUUUUUUUUAGUAGUGCGGGCAAUUUGUAAGACCACUGAGACAUGCUGAUGUAAUGGGUCACAGUGGGAGUCGCAUGUUUGUCGUGACGCUGAUAGAGAUUAUAUUGCCAGUUAAUGGCUUGUGCUUCCUUUAAAUUGACAAUACUGUGGAGGGAAUUGGACUACUCAGCUGUAGUAAAGCUGGAAAACACCAUGAACAAAAACACUGGGGUUUGGUUACUUUACUGUUGAAAGGUGUGUUCACUGAUUAUUAUGUUUGAUGAAGAAAUUCAAGUGAAAUGUGAAAGUGGUUUAUACUGUAGAAAGCUGCAGACUGGAUGGUGGUGUGACACUGUUCUGUUGACCAACACUACUUAAUAAUCAGUUUAAAGUACAGUACAGUAUGGAUGAUGUUAGUCAGUGGCUCAGUGGUUAAAAAAAAGAAAUAAUGGUAGUGUACUAUCUUUUAAAAAAUUUUUUUUUUUUACUUUUCUAAUGACGUCAUUAUAAUCACAACCUUAAAGGAAUAGUUUUAAAUUUGGGGAAAUGUGCUUAUUUCCUUUUUUUUGCUGUGAAUUAGAUAAAAGGGGUUGAUGUCAAUGUAAUCUGUUAAAUAUGUAGGUGAAAACAGCUAGCCUGGCUCUGUCCGAAGGUAAGAAAAACUUCUACACCUACCAGGUCUUUCUAAAACUCACUAAUUAACUUGUUAUAUCCAAGCCACAAUAUCCAUAAUUAAAAAAAUGAAUCCAGUGCAUAGUCAUAAAGUUCUUGAAUUUAAUGUUAAAGAAGGUGUGCACACCACAAUAAUUUCUACAAAAAGUGAAGUUCAUAAAUAGCAAUUAGCAAUUUUACUGGUGUCAUAUGCCAAACUAGGUCUGGUCUUCUUGGAUGUGACCAGUUGCAAAGAUAGAUAGAUAGAUAGAUAGAUAGGUACUUUAUUGAUCCCGAGGGAAAUUUAAGUAACCAGCAGCAUAAUAAACAUACAGAAUAGAAUAUAGACCAAAUAAACAUACAGAAAAAGCGAAACUCCAGGAAGUUAGUGGUCACUUGACAGUUCAGUUUUUGUACAGAUUGAACAAAUAAAAUAGAUAGAUAAGAUAACAAGUUAAUUAGUAAUUGUUAGAGGUGUUGGCAGGUUAGUAGAGUUUGUGAACUUUGAACUGAGCCAGGCUAGCUGUUUUCCCUGGUCUUCAUGCCAAGCUGGUUUAAAAAGCAUUCAUUAGCCUGCACAUUAGAUAAGUGUGUUCUCUGUUUGCAUACAUUCAUGUACUUUGUUUUCCAGACAAAAGAGUAACAGUGGUGCUUUUUGUGUCUAAAAACUAUAGAUAUGCUAGAUAGUUAAGCUAAGCUGCUUGCUGCAGCUACAUAUUUAGUUUAGAGGCAUGAAGCUGAUUUCAAUCUUCUCAUCUCUCUCCCAGCACUUAAGUGACUGCGUAUUUCCCAAAAUGUCAAACUAUUCCUUAAAUGUAGAUAUGCAAUACUCAGUGGAGCUUCCAGUACGUGUAACAUGUUUGUGUGAGCGUUUCUAUCUCUGACACUGAGGCUGAACUACAUCCCUGCUUCUUUCUGUAAUAAUGGAAACAUCCCAUAAUCGUCAUCUGGUAAAGACCAUCAUGCAUGCACUGUUUUAAGUGUGUAUUUUGGUUAUUUUGUUCCCAGUUUUUCUUAGAAUAAUCUUACCGUAACACUGCAGCUUGACUGCAUCUCAUAUCCACACCAACAAUAAUAGCGAAUAUAUAACUUGUUUUUAUGUCACUCAUUCAAUCAGGUUUUCAAGUUGUAAACUGCCGUGAAACUGUAUAGUGACUUCCACCUGCUUCAACGACACUGUAGAAAACCCAGCUGUUCAUAAUUCAGCAUGUAGAAAUAUAGCAGGUGCAUGACUCUGCUAAAUGUGUAGGUGUUCGUCUGACUGUCUAUAACCAUAUUUUCUACUCUGUGUGUCCAAAAAUA